AUGGCGACGCCCAUGACAACCCCCUCCCGGCUGCUGCCGCAGGUGCAGCACAUCCAAGAGACUUCUCCUUAUUCCGACAUUUACACCAAUGCGCCUAUCUCCCCGCUUCGCUCAAGAGUAAACACACAGCAUUUGCUUGAUAUGUUACCUCAUGCUCAUCCUGACCCGGUCCGAUGGGUCAAUCCCGGCGGGUGGGGCGCUCGUCACAUAAACGACAUGGCGCCUUUCACGCUAUGGGACAAAGAGAACCGCGAGUUCCGCUACCCCACCGAAGAAAAUUGGCGAUGGAUUGAAACAAAGUUUGGCGAAGGAAAAUCCCAUUAUUCCGGAUGGUUUCUCUGCGUUGAGACAGCUUGUCCACCUCAGCCCAUUCCCUUGACCCUUGGUACCAUGCCAGUCCUGUUUGUACCCCCCGGUGAAAUGUUUACAGAUAGCAUUCCAACAUCUGGUUACUCCAACCCUCGUAUCCCCGAUCCUUGCCCGAAUAUUCGGUGGCCCAGAAUGAGCAAUCCAGCCGAUAGUCAGACAACCACCGUCCUUGAAGCCAUCGCGCAAUUCGCCAAUAUCCGAGGUGCCAUCUUCCUCCCGAUGUGGAUAGUUUUUGAACUUGAGACUGGAGAUGAUCUUACCUAUCCGGAACAAUCACUUCCCGGGGUUGUUGCGGGUCGCACUGCAUUAUACCAUCAUAGAGAUACACCCUUCCAUGCUACAAUCAAAAGCCUCACCAGACCUCGCCUAAUUGACCCUUCCAAGACACAGAGAGAUACCCAUAUACCGCAAGAUGAUUCUAAUUAUCUUCAACAACAAUACGUUCUUACACCUGGGUGUCGAGUGGAAAGUGGCUUUGGUCUUCCAGGGACACAGACCGAAUCCAUAAAUGCGGCGACCACAUUAGGGAUUCAACUUUGUAGAGGUGAAGAAGAUGUCGUUACAGUUUCCCACCAUGGUUUUCUCACCUCUGGUGAAGUGUACCAUCCAAAUACCGAUGGGGAGCUUAUUGGGACCGUCGUCGACACCCGACCGGAACUGGAUAUUUCACUUGUGACGCUGACACCCGCAUCCUCUCGUAGCUUCACCAAUUCCUGUUAUUUCCAGGCUGAACCAUCAACCCAACUUUUGGUAACAAAUCAAAUUAAACAGGGCUCGUGGAGCGAGGCAGACGGAAUGAGUUCGGGGUUUUUUAGUCUUAUGAACAUUGGCAUUGACCCUAUGCGGCCCAAGCGUCCGAUUGGGCAUCCGGAGAUUUCAUUCUCGAAAUGGGAUACUAGAUCGGUGAAUCUCAUAUUUGGGAAUGUCAAUAAUACUAUCUCCGAUGGUGUUUGUGGGGCUCCUAUUGUGGACAUUGAAACAGGUGGAGUUGCCGGGUUUUUCCAUCUCACAAACGGUACCUUCGCCUUUUGUGCGUGCCUCGAUGAUCUGGUUGCUGAAGGGUGGAUAUUGAAAUAUCCUCGGAGGUCUCAACCGUUCCCCUGA